AUGCGACACGGCCAGUUUUCAAGUGACAAUGUAACGAGAGUCCGUCGAACUUCAUGUAUUGCAAGCUUUGUAAUGCCGCUUGAUCACAGCAAAGAAGUUCUUGUUAAGCCAUCCAAUGUGGUCUUCAACCUUUCUGAUCAAGGCAUCGUCAACACAUGUGAGGUGUUAAUUGUAAAUAAAUCAGCACGAUCGCUUCGUUUUAAAAUUCUAUCUACGGCCCGGUCUAGGUACACGUUGUCAACGUGUAAGGGUUUGCUGAAGUCAGGAGAGUUUGUGAAAACAGAUAUUUCAGUUUCUAGGGUUCCCAUAAAUGAUGACAUUGCCAAGGAUUUCUUCAAAGUUCAGUUUUUCGACCCAGUAGAAGGUUCCAUAUUUUGUGAGCACUAUGUAUGUUCAACUAUCUCACGCAAUCCUUCCAGUAAUAUUACCAGUCGUGAUUCGGAUUCAUGUAGUACUUGGCCCAGUCGUUAUCAUGAUGUUGGUUUAUCUGUUUCAAGUCUGCGUACGGCGUCUUUAUCACGUGCUGCUACAGGCUUGACAAGCGUUUUUUUCUCUACAGCCAAAGCACAGAAUAAUCUACCAAAUUCAAAUACACUAAAAAUCUGUCAUACAGCUGGUGAUACUGGUAAAAGUGCUACAUUAUUCUCUGAUAUACUUAGUACUUCGUUGUUUCUCCUAAGUUUGAUUGUUUGCUUGUUUGGAGUUUUACUCCCAUUCUUUCCUAAUGAGUGUAAAUUAUGGCUAUUGUCAAAAAUUCUACGUGAACCGCCAAAGUCAGAUUUCAACACCGUUAUUUCAAAUCCGCUUACUUUUCCAUAUGAGACACGAAAUACCUAUGGAUAUUCUAAAUUUUAUAAGCAAACCUCUUCGCAUGAUACUACUUUUUCGUGGACUAAUGAAUGCCCCGUAGCUGAUAAUCCAUCAAAGGAUGAAUUUAAUCGUCAAACUCGUCUGGCAUUUUUCGCUUUCCGAGCGGCUUUCCGUAGUAUUUGCAAGGCGAUUAUUGCUUUGGAUCCGUCUGUUGCAAUUGCUAAUAUGUCAUGGUUUUGCCUUGGAAGAUUCUUUUCAAGAAUAUGAAUCAGGUUAAUAUUCAAGUUUUGGUGCAGAAGGUGACCUUUACGAUCAUCCACCCACAUCUGGAUUGCUUUCUUUCAUUAAUAUUAUCAUCACCAUCAUUACUACCAUUCAUUCCAAUUUUACUCCGACAAAUCAAUGAAAAAUUCUGGUGACUAGUAUGUGCGACAUUUUUGUCUCGUAUUUACAGUGAAGGGGAAUAUGAAUUAUAAAACACGCUAAUCAUACAACAAGAGACAUACAAUUUCACACAAUGAUUGGUAAACAUUGUUUCUUAAAAACAAUGUCUGUAC